UUCGCUGGCAGUCGCACAGAAUAGCCACAACCGCUCAGUCGUUCGCUCGUACCGCAUUAACCAUUUGGGCAGCAAGGACCUGGGUCGUAAACGCGCAUCUAUUCCAAUUCUAUGGAGCCGCUGCAAAUCGCACUACAAAUAUUUGUGUAUUUGCAGCAAUCAAUAGGGAUGUACAUAUGGCGAUGAGUUCGACUGCGGAAUCAACAAUAAUAAACCAAUAAAGGAAAAAAAGACACUGCAAUAAACAUUCCAAAGUUGAAUUGGAUUGAUUUGGAUUAACUAAGUAUUCAUUUAAUUUAUGAACAUGAGUAGCCGAGCGUUUAAAUGACAUGGCAGAGAAACGCCUACUGCUGGAGCGAUCCGACGCCUCAGAGACGGAGGAGCUGGAAGUACAAAUGACCCGACGGAGCGGAGGAGUCCUCCAUGCCAUCCAUCACCGAUCGCUGCCCGUUAGCAGGAAGUCGGUGCUCGGCCUGCUGGUGUCCUUUGUGUUCUGCUACUUCCUGAUCGGACGAACCGAGUGGGCGAAUGUCCUCGAUCUGGAUGUCCUGCAUUCGAAUAGCUAUGUGACGGUUCAGCAUCAGUCCACUGUGAUGGAUGUUGUCACCGAGACACAUACUGAGAUUGUUCCAUUUGUGCCCCCAAAAGGCUUCCUGGUGUAUAGCAACUCCUGCCGGAUCAUGGAGGUGGAUCCCUACAAGAACGAGGUGAUGCGCCACUUCAAGCGGCUCAAGUACAAAGCCUGUCAAAAGCUGCCGCCCUUGACCCAGGUCAAGUUCCAGGAAAAGUCCCAGAAGUACGUACUCAGCGUAGAUGGAGCUGCUUUCAGUCGGUAUCCGGUGGGCAAUCAGCUCCACUGCUGCUACAUGGAGGUACAGCGGGUUAGCGAGGUGGAGGUCAAGUACACCAAGUGCAAAACCUUCAAGGGGAGCACGGAACUGCCCAAUUCCGCAGAGGGAAUCAUUGUCAAGUGCGAUUCCGGGGGACGGCGGAUCUACAUCAAUGGCCAUGCCACCGUUCCCGUCAAGGAGGCAGUGCAGCAGAGACUCCAAAAGGCAUCUAAGGCCAAGGAAGCCAAGAAAAAGGAUGAGGUCCAAGUGAGGCCACCAAGUGUUCUGAUGCUCGGCAUCGAUAGCAUCUCCCGCGUGAAUCUAAUCAGGGCCAUGCCUAAAACAGCCCAGUAUCUCUACGACAACGGAUGGUUCGAGCUGGCGGGUUAUAAUAAGGUGGACGACAACACAUUUCCGAACAUCAUGGCAGUGGCCACCGGCUACAACCUCCAGAACGCCAUGCAGGCGUGCUCCCCCUACGUGGUAGGUGGCCUGGACAAGUGCGAUUUCAUCUGGAAGCUGUACCAGCAGAGGGGCUAUGUCACCGCCUUUGCGGAGGAUGCUGUGAAGAUCAACACGUUCAACUACCUGAAGAAGGGCUUCCGGAAUCCGCCGGCGGACUACUACUUGAGGCCCUUUCUCUCCGCUGCCGAGGCGCAGCUGGAUCACACGACGGUCAAUGGUCUGCUGCACUGCCUCGGCUACGAGACGGAGGCGGAGCACGUGUACGACUAUGGGCUGGAGUUCACCAGGAGAUACGUGAACGAUACGUACUUUGGAUUCUUCUGGACGAACACGCACAGCCACAGUGAUAUAUCGCAGACCAGCAGCAUGGAUGACUACAUGGCGGAGUAUCUGCGGAAGUUGGUGCGCCAGGGCACCAUGGACAACAGCGUGGUGGUGUUCUUCAGCGAUCAUGGCAUGCGUUUCGGACCCACCAGGGCCACUUGGUCUGGUCACCUGGAGGAGCGUCUGCCGGCAAUCUUCAUCUGGCUACCUCAUCACCUGCGUCGCUCACAUCCGGAGUUUGUGCGUGGCCUCCAGUUGAACAGGAAUCGCCUGACCACGCCCUAUGACCUUCAUCUGACCAUGAAGCACAUCCUCUCGUUAUCCGGGCGAGUCGACAUGGAAUCAUUGGGGCCGGCACCCGACUGCCCGCAAUGCCAGAGCUUACUGCGACCCGUCUCCCCGGUGAGGAGUUGCUCCGAUGUGGGCAUCGCGGAUCACUGGUGCACCUGCUGGGAGUACGUCACAAUUUCGAGCACCUCCAAGGAAUCCCGGAUGCUCGGCAAGCGGGUGGUGAGCUACCUCAACAGUUAUGUGGCGGAGUUCCGCAACGGAACCUUCGCCAAGCUGUGCGCUCCGCUCUCCCUGCACAGCAUCAAAUCCGCUUUUCGGGCUCAUCAAAAUGCCCUGGAUCCGGAGGAGGUGCACACCUAUCGACUGAUCUUCGUCACAUCGCCCAACAAGGGCCAGUAUGAAGCCACCUUGCGGCACAAUCGCACGGAUGAUUCCGUUCAGGUGACGGGAUCUGUGAGCCGAUUGAAUGUCUAUAGUGGAGAGGCGGAUUGCAUGAGUGAUUUCGGUGCCAAAAAGUAUUGUUAUUGCCGGAAAAAAAAGGGAUAGAAGUGGCCGUAGAAUUAGAACUACGGCUAGUGCCCAAGUGCCGUUAAUCAGAUUAGAAUCUGACAGUACAAUUAUCUUAGUCUUAUAUUAUAGAAACCUCUUCCUCUCUAUGCCUGAAAUAAAGUUGUGUUGUUGUGAAACUUCUGGAGAUUUUAAAAUAUAAUUCAGGGUUUCUGAAAAUAAAAAAAAUGAAAAUCUUUAGUUUAUAAAAUCAAAUAUUAUAUAUACGAAGAGUAGUUAUUUACUUAUUAUUUACAAAUCUUCAGAAGUUUACGAAACACACAUGUUCAAGCGUAUUUUAAGAUUAGUUGUUACCCAUGUAAAUAAUUUACUAUCCCUGCUCCAAGAGACUUUUGCCAAUAAUUAGUUUAGUCAUCUCUUUAUAUAUAGUUAGUCGCUUAACUACUAAACAUUACACUUAUGAUUUGAGAUAUAUAUGUGUUUAACUCAUAGUGAUAUUAUAACUUGAAAUAAUAAUUCUGUUAGAAAUAAAGGGUCGAGUAAUUGAAGCUUCUAA